AGACUGGGAGUGCCCAUCCGAGACAUGAGGCUGCUGGACCCCAACCUGCUGACAUCAGAGACUGGCAAGAUUCUGGUGAGAGACAACGCGAUCGUGUUCAGCGUGGAGCACGUGCGGCUGAUCAUCACGGCAGACUUUGUCAUCAUCCCCCAGACCGGGUUUGAGCGCUCCUCGCUGUCAAUGCGAUUCGCAGCCAUGCUGGAAGAUGCCAUCAUCGAAGCCUCACAGGAGAAGCAGGCAUGCGCUCUGCACAUCGCAGCCGUGCUGCCGUUUGAGCUGCAUGUGCUUGAGGUGGCCAUCGGCGAUGUGUGCGCGCUCUGCACCGAGCUUGUGAAGGAGCUGGAGUCCUCCUCCCACCCUGCCCUGGACGCCCUCACAAAGCAUGUGAGCACGGCCAACCUGGAGCGAGUGAGGAAGGUGAAGACGCGGCACCAGCGGCUGUACACGCGCGUGGUGACAGUGCGAGAGGAGCUGCAGCGCUUCCUGGAGGACGACGAUGACAUGAUGAAGAUGUGCCUCACGCGCAAGAAGGAGCUCGAGCGCCUUGUCUCCUCCGGCCACGGUGGGUGCCUGCGUGUCAGCUCCUGGGCCUCUGCAAGCUCGAGCAAGUUCUGCAUCAGGGCAGAACAAUGCACUGCCCAAAGAGGAGAGAGCAUAGAGGUGGUGGAAAAUCUACUGGAGUCCUACUUCAUGCAGAUUGACUCCUCCUACGACCGCCUGGUGUCUGUGGGUGAGUUCAUAAAGGAUACAGAGGAGUACAUCAACAUAGAGCUGGACAGCAGCCGCAACCGCCUGAUCAGGCUGGAGAUCGUCCUCACCGCUGGAACAUUCGGCGUUGCAAUCUUCAGCCUGGUUGCAGGUGCGCUCCCUUCUCUAUUCUUGCUUAGGUCCUGA